AUGGCAAUGGUAUCAGAAUUCCUCAAGCAGGCCUGGUUUAUUGACAAUGAAGAGCAGGAAUAUGUUAAAACUGUGAAAGGAUCUAAAGGUGGCCCUGGGUCAGCAGUGAGUCCCUAUCCUAGCUUCAAUCCAUCCUCAGAUGUUGCUGCCUUGCACAAAGCGAUAAUGGUUAAAGGUGUGGAUGAAGCAACCAUCAUUGACAUUUUAACUAAGAGAAACAAUGCACAACGCCAGCAAAUCAAAGCAGCAUACCUCCAGGAAACAGGGAAGCCACUGGAUGAAGUUCUGAGGAAAGCUCUCACAGGCCACCUCGAGGAAGUUGCUUUGGCUCUAUUAAAAACUCCAGCACAGUUUGAUGCUGAUGAACUCCGUGGUGCCAUGAAGGGCCUUGGAACUGAUGAGGACACGCUGAUUGAAAUUUUGGCAUCAAGAACUAAUAAAGAAAUCAGAGAAAUUAACAGGGUGUACAGAGAGGAACUGAAGAGAGAUCUGGCCAAAGACAUCAUCUCAGACACAUCUGGUGAUUUUCAGAAGGCUUUGCUUUCUCUUGCCAAGGGUGACCGAUCUGAAGAUCUUGGUGUAAAUGACGACUUGGCUGACACAGAUGCCAGGGCCUUGUAUGAAGCAGGAGAAAGAAGAAAAGGGACAGAUGUGAACGUCUUCACUACCAUUCUUACCACAAGAAGCUAUCCCCAUCUCCGUAGAGUGUUUCAGAAAUAUACCAAGUACAGUAAGCAUGACAUGAACAAAGUUCUGGACCUGGAGCUGAAAGGUGACAUUGAGAAUUGCCUCACAGCUAUUGUGAAGUGUGCCACAAGCAAACCAGCUUUCUUUGCUGAGAAGCUUCAUCAGGCCAUGAAGGGUGUUGGAACUCGUCAUAAGGCAUUGAUCAGGAUUAUGGUCUCCCGUUCUGAAGUAGAUAUGAAUGAUAUCAAAGCAUUCUAUCAGAAGAUGUAUGGUGUCUCCCUUUGCCAAGCCAUCCUGGAUGAAACCAAGGGAGAUUAUGAAAAGAUCCUGGUGGCUCUGUGUGGAGGAAACUAAACAUUCCUUUGCUGUUCUCAAGCAUUUUAACCAGAAGACUUUUUAAUAAGAUCAUUUUAUUCUCUAUCAUAGGCUUAAGUAGGAACAUUUCUUCAGCAGGAUUACAGUCUAGCUAUCUGCCUUCUGAAAAAUUAUAGCCUAUAAAGCAUUUUUUUAUUGUAAUUCUGUAUAAUAGAGCUAAGAUUUUUUAAAAACAUAUUUGCCCCAAACCAUAAAACCCCAUAAACAAACUGUUCUAGUAACAUUCCUUGAGGGAGUUGUUUAUGCAGCUAAAAAUAAAAUGA